GACCGUCCUGCUGCUGCUGCUGCACGAUUCCUCUGGUCUCUAAAUAACCACGGAAAAAAGACACUUUAACCCUCUAACAAAAUGUCUUUCGACGACGACGAUUCAUCUGAUGUUGGACUAAGUGGCCAAACAAAGUUGGAGAGCUUCUUGUUCAGCUGCGAGUUGUCAUCUAAAGUACCGUUUUACACUUUCCAAGCGGAUGAAGAGGAGGACGUGGAGCACUUCCUUGAGCUCAGAACUGCUUGUCUUGGUGAGAGUUCCAAGGAGGAGAGCAAUGUGGUGGAAGUGACGGCCAUGAAUCACCAGGGAAAAACCAUCUCAGUGCCUAUCGCCAACCUUCACAUGAAAUGUUUGCCCAUGGUGAGUCUGGGAGAGUUUGAGCUGAAGGCCCCGGUGACCAUCCGGCUCAGGGCCGGAACAGGACCAGUUGUCGUCAGCGGGCUGCACCUUAUUGCCUCGCGAGUUGAAGACUCUGACCUAUCUGAUGGUGACGACGAUGAGGAGGAAGAAGAGAUGCCUGCCAUUAAACCAGCAAAGAAGAAGCAGAAGCAGUAGGCGGAGAGGUCCCAGAGGGAUUUUUUUUUGAAAUGUCUCACUCA